AUGAGCAUUACAAAGCAUGGACGGCCGACGUUCCCAUCUCUACGCGCUCAAACUCGACGCCAGCGUGUCAUGGAGCAUGAUUCAGGGCCUGCUUUCGCCUUGCACCGCUCGACUUUUGCUAGUACCUCCAGGUAGGCGCAAUUGUUCUCGUGGAGGUCACUCAAGUGAUCGUCUCGGUAGAGCCAAGGCGACCUCGACCUUCGUAGUCGCCAAAACAACCGUCGCGGUGUUUGGUUUCGCUUUCAGCAGUCGCAUGGCCUGGUACCAGCUGUACCUGUCGCGCUUCACGGAGUUGGGGGCGGCGCCACCAGGAUAUUUGAAAGUGGUCAACGUGCACACCGAUCGACCCGUUGGUGAAAAGCUCGACGGGUUUACAAGCGGGGGGUUGUGACUCGCUGGGUCCAAAUCCUCAUGAAUUGCUUGAGUCAGGCUGAACUCACGACGAGAUCGACCCCUGCACAAAGUGCUAGAUGUGCCCCACCGCGUUGUGCCUCUCAAAGAGUGCUGCUGUUAGAUGUGCGGCGCAGUCGUGUACGUGUUGCAAACAAUGGGUGGGAGCCGUUGCCGGGAUCUCGCGUUCUCGUCUGCAUGGCAUGCCCGGUCAAGCCCAACCUGUACGAGUUCAAACCGGAGGAAACAGUCCCCUUGAUGUGCGUCCGAUUCAUUCGAAUGUAGCUCCGUCUACUUCGCCGGACCGUCGCCCGUAGUCGAUAGAAGAAAGCG